AAUGACUAUCCUAAUCAUCCGAAGCAACACGUGCACGAUAAUCGAUCUUUUGACGAUUCAAUGACUUUUCAAUAUAAUCGUUAAUGGUAUUUACAAAUAAUCGUCCAUUGAAUUUUCCACAGAUUUUUUAAUAAUUUUUUUCGUCAAUCUUCGUCAACGUCAUCUAACGCAUAUUAGAAUGUCGCAUCGCUGCAAUGCAAACCACAUGCAUCUAUACCAUAAGAGCGGCGCUUGCGCGGCGACCCGCUGCCGAAGGAGCGUCGAAAGCGAACCCGGCGCCGCUGCAGUAGACCUUAUUGAUCUGUCAACACAGUUUGGCCGUUUUAACGAAAAACCUUCAGUAUCCAAGAGUUCCUUCUUUUCGAAAUAUACACGAGGAUAUCCAAAAAGUGCUUCUAGAGUGCAGUGAGUGGACACGAGUCAAAAAUAUUGUGGGUGUCAAAAUUAUCGGGCUUAUUCCCAUAAUCCAUCCCGAUCGUCAAUAUCCUGUGUCUUAUCAAUUAUCAACCACAGUACCAACCCCCCAAUCCGACAUAAAAAAAAAUAAAUCCGGAAUAAAAAAAUAUUUCCUGACAAAUUUAACCAACCGGAAAUCAACGUUUUGUGUAAAAUUACCAAAUUAAGCAUUACGAUAUCGAACAUUAUUGCUUAAAAAUGUUUGAAUCGUGAUCCGACGUUUUGUAAAAUGAAGCUAAAGUGGGAAUCUUAGCGCAGCCAAAAAUACAAGAAGGACUUUUGCAAAGAGUACUUCGUCAUCGGUAUACAAAGGAAACUGUUAAAGCGGCCGGAAACACUUGGCAGUCAUCGUUAAAGCAACGGCGAGAUAUUUGAAGAAUUAAGUGCAAGAGAUAUAACGAUGCAAUAAGAAAAUCAUAAAAGAAAAUUGAAAAGAAUUUUGGAGCAACAAAAUGGCGCCAGAUUACGUGAUAGCGGUAUUGGUAUCCUCGUGCAUUCAGAUAGCGAGUCCACGAUGCGCAACGCGAUACAAAACCGUCGCGGCAAUUAUACUCGCGGUAGCCAACGUCUGUCAUGCGGAAUGUCAGACACGUUCCAUUUAUUGCUACGAAUGCGAUUCCUGGACGGAUCUCAGGUGUAAGGAUCCGUUUAAUUAUACGGCACUGCCAAGAGAUCAGCCGCCACUGUUAACUUGUAACGGAUGCUGCGUGAAGAUGGUGCGGAAUGAAAAAUCUCCGCUCGAGAGCGUACGAAGAAUGUGCACCUCCCAGCUUCAGAUAAACUUAUUCAUGGUGGACCACGUGUGCAUGAUGGAAAGUACCGGCACUGGUCACAUGUGCUUCUGUGAGGAAGAUAUGUGCAAUCGUGUCCCUCCGUCCUCGUGCUCGAAUCCUUUACUCCUCCUGAGCCUUGCUACAGUCAUCGGCGUCCUUAACCUAUUCAGAAAUCCUGGCUUGCUUGGUAGGUCGCUGUUAUGAUUACGUUGUUAGUGAUUCUUCACCCGUAGAAUCUUUUAUAUUUUCUUUUUUUUUUUUUUUAGUGGCUAGGAAAGCAAGGGACGAGAAGAGUCGUGAUGGGACGGAAUGGAUAAAUGAAAUAAUUUUUGGAUUUUUUUUUUAGUGAAAAAAAAAUUGGUGCCUCCGCUGUAGCAAUUUCGAUGGAUAAUUGUGGAUAUUGAGUUACUUGAGAUUUCUUAUUUCUCAUUGUGUCCCAUCUCGUCUUUCUGCGCUCGGGUUAAAUUCAAUUAGUCGUUCAGCUAAAUUUUCAAUAUAUUUAGAGAUUUUAAUCCAGUGCGGGGAGUCAUUAAUUAUUUCUAUACUCAGCGUAGAAGUUGAUAAAGAGAUUGUGGUAUUGUAUGAGCAUGAUUUCGUGACAGUUAAUUAUUAUUAUUUUUAUUCAUUUUUUUUUAUCAAUUUUUGAAUAAUCUGAGACUGUACAGAAGAUAGUUUUUUUUUAAUACCAAAUUUUGUUAUUCACAAAUUUGGAUUUUUACUUGUCACGUUUUUCGUGCUCAUUCGAAAUAUUUCCGUCGUCUGAUCGUCUUGAUUUGAAUUAUCCAAAAAAAAACCUCAAUUAAGCCACGAGAUUAAAACGUCAAAAAUCAAGAGAUCGGGUGAUCAGUGCGGAAACGUUAAUAUCCACUCGAGUCACAAUGUGAGAGAAAUAGAAACAAAAAAAGAAGAGAAGACCAAAAAAAAUGGAAAAAAAAUACCAAAAUUAAUCGUCAUCAAAAGUUCCUUCACGUUUUUCUCAGAAUCGAAACAAUCUUCAAUUACAAUCAUUCUAUAUUGUGUCGCCGUGUGAAUAUGAAGUUUUAUUGCCUCCCGGUCAUAAACCGAUCUGAGUAUAUUAAAUUAUUUAUCUCUUUCUCUCUCACUCGUACCAAUCCAAUCGCUCUCUCUCUCUCUCUCUCUCUCUCUCUCUCUCUCUCUCUCUCUCUCUC